UACCGAGAGACACAUUCACUACUGAGAGACACAUUUCAAUAAGAUUCACCUUCAGACCAAACUAACAGCUUCCACAGAGAGAGGACAGCUACAGGAAGGAAAACAGGAACACUGCAACUUUAACCUGCAACAAUUCAACACACUGACUCUUCAGUCAGAGAGAAAAUGUCUUCCAGGUCAGAGGAGGAUCUCUCCUGUCCUGUCUGCCAUGACAUCUUUAAAGAACCUGUUGUUCUGUCAUGUAGCCACAGCUUCUGUAAAGACUGUCUGCAGAGCUGGUGGAGAGAGAAACUAAUACAUGAGUGUCCAGUUUGUAAGAGAAGAUCAUCAAAGGCAGAGCCACCUAUUUGUUUGCCAUUGAAGAACCUGUGUGAGAUCUUCUUACUGGAGAGAGAUCAGAGAACUUCAGCAGGGUCUGAGUCUCUCUGCAGUCUGCACUCUGAGAAACUGAAGCUCUUCUGUCUGGACCAUCAGCAGCCAGUGUGUGUCAUCUGCAGAGAUUCAAAGAUACACAACAACCACAGAUUCAGACCCAUCGAUGAAGCUGCACAGGAUCACAAAGAGGAGCUUCAGAAAUCCCUGAAGCCUUUACAAGAGAAACUGAAGCUGCUUAAACAAGUUAUAGGAAACUGUGAUCAAACAGCAGAACACAUUAAGGUCCAGGUCCAACACACAGAGAGGCAGAUUAAGGAGCAGUUUAAGAAGCUUCACCAGUUUCUACAAGAGGAAGAGGAGGCCAGGAUCACUGCUCUGAGGGAGGAAGAGGAGCUGAAGAGUCAGAUGAUGAAGGAGAAGAUUGAGGCUCUGAGCAGAGAGAUAGCAGCUCUUUCACACACAAUCAGAGCCACAGAGGAGGAGCUGAGAGCUGAAGACGUCUCAUUCCUGCUCAACUACAAGGCUGCAGUGAAAAGAGUCCAGCAGCGCCCCCUGCUGGAGGAUCCACAGCUGGUCUCAGGAGCUCUGAUAGACGUGGUCAAACACCUGGGCAACCUGACCUUCAACAUCUGGAACAAGAUGAAGGAGAUGGUCUCCUACACUCCUGUGAUUCUGGAUCCAAACUCUGCUCAUCCAAGACUCAUUCUGUCUGAAGAUCUGACCAGUGUGAGUUAUGGAGAGAAACAGAAGCUUCCUGACAAUCCACAGAGAUUUGACAACUAUGCCAUUGUCCUGGGCUCUGAGGGCUUUAACUCAGGGACUCACAGCUGGGAUGUUGAGGUUGGAGACAGUGCAGUCUGGAUUCUGGGUGUGGUAGCAGAGUCUGGUGAGAGGAAGGGGCGUACGGCGGCACUGGCUCAAUCGUGGAGAAUAGGGUUAAAUCAGGGUAAAUACACAGCGUACUCUCCACCAGAUCCCAUCACUUUUCUCUCAGUGAAGAAGCUCCAAAGAAUCAGAGUUCAUCUGGACUGGAACAGAGGAAAACUGUCAUUCACUGAUCGUGAUACUAACACACACAUACACACCUUCACACACACUUUCACUGAGAGACUGUUUCCAUACAUCUCCACAAACAGAGAAAUUCCACAUAAGAUAUUACCAGUGAACAUUUCUGUUACAACAGAGCAGCUCAAUUAAAGAUGAAGAACAUGAUGAUAUAAUACACAA